AUGAGUCAAAGGUCAUCUUCAAGAAAUGCAUGCACACGAGAACAACCAAUGACUAGAGCGAAAAGUUCGGAGUCUAAUAGAUGUGGAAGGCCACAAGCUAAUUGCAAAGUUAUUGAACCUAUUCAAGAGGAAUGUGCUGAAAAUAACGAUUCACGAAUAAACGAAGAUCAAUGUUGUCCAUACGAUGAUCAAGAACCAAGGUAUGACCCCAAAGAGCUUCGUGAUGCUGUUAAAAUACUUAAUCCAUUUGUUAGACUAAUUAAAGACACUAAUAAUCCGUAUGCUAGAAUAGUAGCACGAGAGGUAUGCAAAACUUUUUAUCGUUUGUUUCAUCCAAAUAUACACCCCAUAGACGUUAUGAAAACGAUUAAUUGGAGAGCUAAGACUAUAAGAACCCAACAGUUGUGGAAUGAAUUUUGGCUCUACGUCCCCGGGUCGAAAGUUGAAGAAUGGGUAUCGUUACGCGAAUGUAUCAAGAAUGAUAAUCUCAUAGAUUUUAGUGACUAUUGUAAUCCAUGUCAAAUGCAAACUGGAAAUUGCAACUCGCAAGUUGCUGAACAACAAUGCCCUUUAAAUCAAUCACGUAAUGAAAACUGCGUCCAACGGCGUUCCACGCCUCGUCGACGAAAUCGAUGCUAUCAAACUCAGAGAAAUUUCGAACAUAUAAAUUUAGAAGACAUGUGUGAUUUUGUUUCACACCCAAGUUUAUACGACGUUAGUCCUCCAUGUGUGGAUUUCGAUCAUCAAUCCGCUGGUGCUGACAAUCUGCCGUACACUCAUAAUUCUGAAUCAAAAGUUCCAAAAACAACUUCUCCAAGAACUCAUAACCAAAAUAAACAUGAGUUGAAAUUGGACUCAAAACAGCACCGUGAGAAAAUAUCUGGGACCCAGUGUCAGUUGGAACAACUUGACGAAUCGACAAGUAAAAAGUGUCGUAAUGGUUUUGAAGAUGCUAUGAGAAAAAUAAAAAUAAAAAAUUGUACCUCGCAAUGCAAACGUCAAAAUGCAGGAAAUGAUUUUCAUUUGCCUUACAGUAAACCCAGCUGCAGUAAUGGUCAGGCAUGUGCACCUAAGCCUAAUCCUGGAACUGAUGCCGCACAACACGAAUAUUACAGAAUAACUGCGAACACACCGUCCCCUCCACGAUAUCAAAAUAAUACGUCAUGUCGACCUUUGCCAAAAACACCAGUAGAACCAGAGCUUAGAACAAAUGCUCUCCAAUGUUCUUUAACUGGAAACGACGAAGAUUGUAGUGACUCAGAUUCCGUCGACAGUGUAAAAAGUGUACAGCAGAUAGUAUGCAAAUCAAGUUUAGUGGCCAAUGCAUUUACUAAUUUGUCAUUAGCAAAAAAAGACCUUCAAACAAAGACGGAAGCUUUUAAUAUGCUAACACAACAUUAUUUAAAUUUUGCAUCAAACCCAAUAGAAGCAGACCCUCCAUGUGAAAACAGUCCGACUGCCAAGAUGAUCUUGCAAGCUAUCUACAAAAAUCCGCCAAAAAUUAUUAAGCCAUUCAACGAUUGCGAAUGGAACGAUAAUGCUUUUCACGAUAAGGAUUUCAUUCGUUUACUCCCGUUUUAUGAAAGCGUACAUAAUCAAUUAGAAUAUAUUUCGAAAACACAACGAGAUUAUGGUAUAAAUAUGUUAGAUGACAUUAUGUCCACUCUGUAUCAUAUACACUACGAUCUGGGUGAUCCGAGACUUAAAAACGAUAUGCUUCUUGAACACGUCAAACUUAUUACAAGAAAUACUUGGGAAUCAUAUUUUUAUAAAGAUAAAAAAAUGCCUGCUAUACCUGAUAAACCGCUAGUAAGUUAUAGACCAAGUCCACAGAAUACUCCACAACAAUUAUGCCCAAUACAACCAAGACAACAAUCUUGUCCGAGGCAACCUAGUCCAGUACAACGAUCGUGUCCAAGACAAGUUUGUCCGAAACCACCAAACCAGAGGCCACCUAAUGUUAGACAACCAGUUUCGAGUUUAUCAAAUCCUUCAGGACAAUCUAGUGGUGGGCGACCGUGUUCGAGUAAUGCACCGAAGCCUAAUGUCAACAGAAGGCCGGGGGUGACAUGUCCUCAAGAAGCUUGUAAUCCUCCUGCAGAAAAUAAAAGAACUUUUCUACGCAGAAGUCGUCCCAGUGGUGCGCCAAAAGGCUGGGCUCCCAAAUUGAAACAGGCAGAUCGACCGGACACCUUGCCAGCUUUCAAAGCGAAACCGUUACCAAAAUUUGUUCGCGAUAGAUUAAAUAAUCGAAAUGAAGCGUGUUAA